GAGCCAGCGCCCCCAUGGCUGCAGGCUGAAAUCCGGGCAAACGGUGGAGCAGGCACGAGCCACACCGCACAGCCGCUGCAGGGCACUGAAUUCCCUCGCGCGCGCCUUGUUGGCUCGCCUCCUGCGCAUGCGUUCUAUUUGGACGGGGGAGGGUGAACCCUCGGCUCCUGCCUCGCGCAUGCGUCUUCCCUGGACUGCCCCGCCUUCUUCCUCUGUCGCGCAUGCGCCGCAGCUCGGCGUGGACGCGCUCUGUCUGACCCUGUACGGGCGGCAUGUCGCCGCUUCUCGCGCUGCUCCUGAGGCAGCUGCUGGCCGCGGGGCUGGAGCCGCCGGCGGGGAACGCGUCCGGCCUGCCGUGCAGCCCCCACGGAGAGCGCUGCUGGACCCCCCGGCACGUCCGCAGCCUGCCCCAGGAGCGCUUCUGCGAUGGCCGCCCGGACUGCCCGGACCGCGCGGAUGAAUCAGCGGAGGUUUGUCUGCACCCGGGAGUCCCGCCUGCCCCUGCCUGCCCCUGCCUGUUCCAGUGUGCCGAGGGGGACGAGUGCUUCCCAUCCGCCUGGGUGUGUGACGGCCACCCGGACUGCGAGGAUGGGCAGGAUGAGCUGGAAUGCGGGCCCCACUCCCCUGGGACUUCCCAGGCGCCGAGCACUGCCAGGACAGAGAAUCCAGCGAUCUCCAAACCUGGGAAACCUGUGUUGUCUAAGAAGCGAGGCCCCUUGUGCGUGAGAGCUGCUAUUGUGCUCCUGAGCGUGCUGGUGGCUGCAGGCUGCACUGUUAGAUGGGGCCAAUUCAGAGGAAAGAACAACUUCUACACCUUCAGCUUCAAGAAAGCUUCCAAAGAGCAGCUAGUGCUAGACAGGAGACCUUCGGACUCAUUUCCUUGAUGGGAAGUUGCAGUGCUGUGAGUUGGGACCCAGUGCGGUGGUCCUCAUCACACUCCCCCCAAAUGCUGAUUGCACAAUUUCUGGGACAAGUUUUCUGGGGUUUGACUGGGUGACAGUUACACUGGAAUAAUCAAGGACUCUUCCUUUGGCACAGGGAGUUUAGAUUGUGGGAUUAUAGUGGCAAUGGGGAAUCAGAAAAAUGAUUGUCACUUGUGCUCUAAAAUCAACCCUACAAGAAUGUGAUGGAAACGCUUGGAAUAUCACAACGGGUCAUCCAUUUCUCCCAUUGUAGACACAACUCUUCUUCCCCCCCUUUCUCCCCCCCCCCCCCCCAAUGUGGGUUAUUCCACAAGAUACUACUUGCUGGAAUAGCUCUGGCCAGUGCACUAUGUAGCCUCUGCGGUACGUUUGUCUGCUCUCCCUUCCAUGUCCAGCCAGGAGUCCACUGAAAACUACCUCUUCCUACCAUGCCGUAUCUUGCCUGUAAGCAUAGCUGUUUGCUCCUGGUUCCAGGGCAGGCCGUUCCAUUCUACACACCUGUGAAGGGCCAAGCUCAAAGUGACAUGGGUAUAUAAUUUAUAUCCCCGAGGAUACUGCUCAUAUUUGUAAGCCAUGAGCUCAAACUUCAUGUACCAGAAGCACUUAAAACAUCAUUGACUGCAGGAGAACUGUCAAGGAGAUGGAAAAAUGAAGAGUCUCCUGUAUGCUUCGCUUUGCAGUGGCCCCUAGGCACAGCACAGGCUAUUCAGGACC